AAUAUGUGAAAGUGAUAAAUCAUUUUGUGCUAAAGCACCUGCUUUCAAAGUAUCUAGAGACUUCUCCAAAGAAAGAACUACAAAUAUAAAAGAAAUGCUGAAAAGAGACAAAUACAUAAAGUCAAUACAAAAA